AAGAAGUGGAGUACGGAAUCAAACCGAAGAAGAAGAAUUGAACGUUUCCCGGUAGUCGAUCCGCCUCAGGUUCGCCCUUAGGUGGCUUCCACUUUGUUUUGAAUUGAAAGUGUAGCAACAAUGACGCGGAUAACGGUUUAAUUGAAUGGCUUACACUAACUAAUACGCCGCGAUGUUUGCCCAACAUUAGUUACGUGUUGGCGGCAAGCUCAGUCGAGAAUCAUCGCCGUAAGCAAAGCGGCGGUGCUAGCUAGCUAAAGCUAACAAUGGUGAGCUGUCAUAGUGAAGACGGUCAAGCAUCAAUUUGAUUUAUCUCAAGGGAAACGCAAUCCCAAAAAGGAAUAAACGAUGUGGCUACGCAGACAAGACCCAAAGGAAUGGAGGCGGACUCGGCGGUAAUGGAAGAUAUCAUUUUCCGAGGAGUGCAGUUUGCAGUGAAGGUGGGGGUAGACAAAGGUGUUCUGCUGGUGGAAAUCUCUGAUUCAACCACAGCCGAUCAGUGGAAGGGAGAAUUCGAUCCGGCUUAUAUUGAGGACCUCACGCGGAAAACGGGAAACUUUAAACAGUUUCCCAUUUUCUGUAGCAUGUUGGAAUCAGCCGUCAGAAAGACAAGUGAUUCUGUCACACUGGACCUUUUGACCUAUGCUGACCUGGAGUUGCUACGAAACAGAAAAGCCGGCGUGGUCAGUCGCCCUCGAGGCCAUCCGCAGUCAUCAGCUCUCACCGCCAAACGCUAUCUCAUCCUUAUCUACACCGUAGAGUUUGACAGGAUACACUACCCUUUGCCGCUACCUUACGUUGGCAAGCCCGACCCAGCCGCCUUGCUGAAGGAAAUCAGGACCCUGAAGGCGGAGCUUGGUGCCCUCACCUCUCAAGGUGUCAACAAGUCAGCAGAGCUGGAAAUCCACCGCUUACGAGCAGAGCUGGCUCUAAUGAAGGAGGAGAAAGAGUCCAUCUCCAAAGUCCUAGAGCGAUUACAGCUCAGCGGAAGUACUUCCACACCCGCUACUCGACAGGACUGGAGGGCCCGAGACACGGUGAGGGUCCUGGAGGAGCAGUUGCUCAAAGAAAGGGCCAAAAGUCAGCGCUCGGCCAGCAAGAGAUGCCAGGAGCAGCGACUCCUCAUGGAGCAGCUGGAAGAGCUGAGGGCCUCCGAGUGCAGUCUCCGACUUCACGUCAAGACUCUGACCAAUGAGUUGGCACUUCUACGGAGAAGGGGCAUCCCUCCCGAAUGCGGAGAAAUCUAUCGCUCACUUAACCAAGUCAGGGGUCGCUCUGGAUCCAGGGAACGGAGAACUGACAGAAGCCAAAGGUCAACAGAAAGAGGAAGAAGAGCGGACUCCUCGGGGCCACGCGCGAUUGCAAGACGGGCAUCACCUUCUCCAACUGGCUCCCGAGCGCCUCGCUUUGACCCGACGGCUUACAUUCAGGACAAACAGCGUCGACUGAGAGAAACCGAAGUCAAAAAACAGAUGAAGGUGCGGAGAGACAUGAUGGCGUCGCCGCUGGUCCCCGAGCGAGGGCGUUCCCGCUCCAGAGAAGCUUGUCCACAGAUGUGGCGCUCCGGCAGCCGAGGCAGGAGCUUGUCUGUGGAGCGACGAGGGAGCAGGAACUCCUCCGAGAGCUCGUUAGUGGAUAUGGAGGAAAUGACCAAGAAUCUGUUGAGGGGAAGGAAACAGACGUUCAAUGGACCGAGUGUGCCCAGAGGUCUGAUGCCCAAGAAGCCAUUAAGCAGCACUCCAACGUACAGAAUGAAGGACAAAGAGACCUCCAUCGACACGGGCGCUGAGCUGUCAGAAAUUGACGCCAGGCUUCAGGCACUACAGGAGUACAUGAGGGACUUGGACACGGGCCACUGACAGAUGGUGCAUUCUGCAGCCCAAAGCACACAUGCUGCACGGACUCACCAAGUGUGUAGCGUUUACAGCUUUGGACAUGACUGGUAUUUGUUUUCACUCAGCAUGGACCACCAACACAUGUGAAGACCUCAGACGUUCAGGAAAGAAAAGCCAUCACUGUGAUAAAUCUCUGGACUACUUUUUGAUGACUAUCUUCAAAUGUAACGUGUUUUUUUAUUAACUUAACUUAAAAGAAUUUUGGGUACAAAAGUGGAUAUAUUCCAAACAAGUGAUUUUGGCUGUUUUUAUUUUUUAUAUUGAUUGGUAAUACUUAUCAGUGUUAAACAGCAUUAAAUAUUUUUAAUGAAAAAACUAAAGGCUUGGCUGGUGGAUUUAAAAUCUUGGUUUUAAUGUAAGGGAUAUGGCUCCCUACCUACCAUUCAGCAUUCACAGCACCAUUGUUGCUUUUAAUGUGUAUUAUUUUUCUACAAAAAUAAAUAUCUUUGGUUGCUAAUAGCCGUUUCCCACAAUCAGCGGGUUUACCAGAGUUUUUUUUUUUUAAACACUGAUGGUCCCACAAAACACAUUAGACAUUACCGAUGCUGUAGAAAACUGAAUGCUAAAAUGCUAAAGCUACUUACCAUUGAGAGACAUCUUGACGUAACCCCUUUUCUUGAGAAACCUCUGACUGUCCAGUCUCUAAUUCCGGAUCGGAUUCCCUUGCAACAACCAAUCUUAUCUUACAAAAAAAAGCU